AUGGUUGUUGUUCAAGCGAGUUGUAUGCUGGCUCUUUUGCUGAUCUUCGGUCAAGGUCAGGCGGCGCCCGCGGAUGCCGAAAGUCGGAAACGGGGCGGUGAAAUCAGCGGCAGCUUGGGUGCGGGUGCUGGGAUGGGGUUCAGUGCUGGACUCUUUAGAGGAUUUGAAGGACAUGCCCAAACCGGUGCUCAAGCCACUGGUCGUAUCCGAGGAUACGAUUAUGAACAAAACUACAGCGAUUCCAGCGAUUUCUUUCCCAACUUCGGAGGUGGCUUCGGAGGUGACUUCGGAGGUCGCUUCAGAGAUCGAUUCUAUCCUACAGGAUCAAACUUCGGAUGUGGAACCAGUCCGCACCAAUUUGGAUGUCGUACUAAUUGA